AUGAUGGAUCGCAUCGUUAAGCUCGAGGAGGAGAUGCGCGCUCUGAGGGUAGCCAACGAAUCGGACUCGAACGAAAACCGAAUGACGAACGGAAAUAACGAAGACGCCGAGACCGAACGCUUGCGUUUGCGCAAGGAAAUCGAAGACAUGCGCAAAGCGAAACAAAGCUCCGAAGAACAUGCUCUCAAACUGGAACGCCUGGUUACGCAGCUGCGUUCCAAAUUCGGCGGUCUCCAGCUAACGGCCAACGGGCUCGAUUCGCUGCCGAGCGAAUCCGAGCAAGAGGCGAGCUCUCGCACUCGACGCACUAGCGGCAACUCGAGCAACAACUCGACCGUUGUCUUCGGGCCCGUUACCGACUUG